CUACUGCUGCUGCUACUACUGCUUCUGGCUGGCCACGCCCACCGUUCGAGACGCUGGACCAGAACCAGACAGGUCCCGUCCCCCCCGUCCCCGUCCGUCCCAAUCCACGCCUCCCCGUCCCCUGCCAGCCCUAGGUCGGGUUUCGUGACUUGGCCCCCCUUACGCAGCAGCGUGGAAUCGGCUUGCCCCUGCUCAGAUCGCGCCCCCAUAAAAAAUUGCAAAUUAAAAUCAAAUCAAAUGGCAGAGGCACAACAGGAACAGCCACAGGCUCAUCAACCUCAGCCUGAACCCGUCUUUGCCGCCGCUGAAGAACUAGCCUAUGCCCUCCCACAUCAAUCGCGGGCCAAGUCUCCAUUAUCACAAGCUACGCAAGAGCAGGAAAUCCAACAACAAGGGGCGCAGGGGCAGGUACAGGUACAGGUAGAGCCACAGUUAGAACCAGAUGUUAGCGCCUUCGAUCACGAUCAAGAUCACGCACACCUACACCAACACCCACACCCACGCGCACGAUCUCCCGAUUUACAAUCCCCAAAUAAUGCAACUACGACAGGAGUAGUAGUCGCCAACGCGCAGGAGCAGGAGUGGGCACAAGAACAGGAACAAGAGCAGGUACAAACACAAACACAAAAACAGACACAGGAACAGAAACAGGGGCGGCCCCAACUUCCCUCGAAUCAUCUCAACGCUGUCAACCAGAAUUCGACCUCGACUUCGGCCUCAACGCCAACGCCAGCCUCGCCCGUAUCCGUCCCUAACACGACCACCGUCGCUGCUGACCAGGCCACCCAGCCCUCGGCGACGGAGGCCACCAACGGCGCUUCGCCCGAUCAUCAACAUUCGCAACAUCACCAGCAGCAAGAAGGUACUGCGCCGACCUCGGAAGCCAUGUCGAAUAACCCACCUCACCAUCCCCAGGGCCCGCCUCGACAAUCCGCUAGCUACCCGACCUCGACAGCGUAUGCGACGCCCGGCAUGAUCAGCGCACACUAUGGAUAUGGCAACCCGGCGGCUCAAGGUGCCGAUGUGUACAGAGCAACAGCUGGGGUUCCGAGCAAUGCUAUGGCGUUGCCUAGUAUGCGCACUUUCGACCCGGCUCAGCAGCAGGCCCAGCAACAGCAGCACAUGGCUAUGGCGAUGCCCGUGAAUCCGGUGCCUUCAGUUCCAUCGAUGCCGACGCAACAACAUAUGUCAUACUUCGGACAACAAGCUGUUCCUAUGACUCCUAACAAUGCAUAUGGCAUACCUCCAGACGCUCUCAGACCACAAUACGGUAUACCCACUGGUGGACCAGGUAGCGUAUUAGGUGGUCGACACAAGAAGGAAAUCAAACGUCGAACGAAGACGGGUUGCUUGACAUGCCGAAAACGACGUAUAAAGGUAUGUUAACAUUAUUAUUACUAUUCUUUUCUUCUCCUUUUCUAUUGACGACUUACCCCGGGUAAAUAUUUGUUCAUAUGACGAAUUGAGGGGAAGAGGGAUGGAUUUUAAGAUUGAUGAUGAAUGAACAAUUACCAACUGAAGAGAGAAAGAAGAUGAAGAGAAAAAGGAGUUACAAUGAAUAAAUGAACUAAAAGAUAGCCUGGGAGCUUUUGGUCAAUUGCAUCGAUACUU